GAGUCCAAACUUGCUCCGAGUCUUCGCUGCACGGACCCUGAGCCCGCACCCUCCUGCACAAUGACGCUGACUCAAGCCGAGAAGGCCGCCGUGGCCACCAUCUGGGCAAAGGUGGCUAGCCAAGCCGAUGCCAUUGGGGCAGAAUCACUGGAGAGGCUUUUCUCCAGCUACCCUCAGACAAAAACCUACUUCCCUCACUUUGACCUCAGCCAAGGCUCAGGUCAGCUUCGUGGUCAUGGCUCCAAGGUAAUGAAUGCCAUUGGGGAAGCCGUGAAGCAAAUUGAUGACAUUAGAGGCGCUUUGGCCAAACUCAGCGAGCUGCAUGCUUACAUCCUCAGGGUGGACCCAGUGAACUUCAAGCUGCUUUCCCACUGUAUCCUUUGCUCCGUGGCUGCCCGCUAUCCCAGCGACUUCACCCCAGAAGUUCAUGCUGCGUGGGACAAGUUCCUGUCCAGUAUUUCCUCUGUUCUGACUGAGAAGUACAGAUAAAUGGCCUCCACAGAGGGCGAGGGAUGCACACCCAUGGCACAUCACAGCUGCCAGGUUCUGGGGUAUUCACCCCUUCCUAUGCAGUCCUCUCAAAUCCCCUAUGCAGGGGCUUGGUCAUCUACAAAACCCAAUAAAUAAUUCAAUUGUGA